CUUAACAUCAACAAAAACCAAGCGCCAUGGGAAAAAUUACAGUCCGUUGCGUCUUGAUCUUCUCUGUCGUUGCCUCGCUUGGCCUUGUCUCGUUUGCUCUGUGUCUUGUUGCAGAGGCCAAGAGAACCAAGGCUGAAGAUCUCAAGUUCGAUGGACGGCUAUGUCAAGUACCGGUGAGUCGUUCCUUUGGGUUCGUCGUUGCGGCACUAAUCUGUCUCUCCAUCGCUCAAAUCAUAGGGAACGUCACGGUGUGUGCAAAUUACUGGUCGUCGAGGUCCAAAGGAAAGGUCCAAAAUGGAAACGCUAAGAAACCAAUUCUGUUUCUUACUGCAUUUUCCUGGGUGAGCUUUGGAGUUGCGGUGAUCCUAAUGAGUGUAGCCACGAGCAUGAGCCGAAAACAGUCCUACGGAGAAGGAUGGUUGGACGGGGAAUGCUACAUAGUUAAAGGCGGAGUGUACAUAAGCUCUGGACUUUUAAGCCUGGCUGCACUCUCGGCCUUGCUCGGAGCAGCCGCCGUCAUGACAAUCACCACUCCUGUUGAUCAAGUCCUCAAAGUACAUGCACACAAUUAAUGCAUCAAAAAACAAAUUAUGUGAAGAUGGAAUUGCAAUUUUUGGAGGCCUAGUUUCUACCCAUACGAUGCGUUUUGAUUUGCGCUAGCUUUGGCUUGGAA